ACCCUCUCUACAUUCAUGAACCAAACCGUGAGAAACUACUAUAUAAUAAUUCCAGGAAAAUAAUCAUGGCAACCCUCAAAUGGUUUUCAUCCAUAUUGCUAUUCCAACUGUUGCAAGUUUCAGCUAAUUCUGCUGGAAUUGCGGUCUACUGGGGCCAAAACGGUGGCGAAGGAUCGCUAGCAGAUGCUUGCAACACUGGGAACUACCAGUUUGUGAACAUAGCGUUCUUGUCUACUUUCGGCAACGGCCAAACCCCGGAACUGAACCUUGCUGGCCACUGCACACCCGACAACGGCGGUUGCGCUUCCAUAGGCAACGACAUCAAGACAUGCCAAGGGAAAGGCAUAAAGGUACUCCUUUCCCUUGGUGGCGGUGCCGGCAGCUACUCCCUGAGCUCUACCGAUGACGCCACACAGGUAGCAAACUACCUGUGGAACAAUUUUCUUGGGGGAUCGUCAAACUCAAGGCCGUUGGGUGAUGCAGUGCUUGAUGGCAUCGACUUCGACAUCGAAGCUGGUGGAGGACAGUUCUGGGAUCAACUUGCAAAGAACCUCAACGGAUUCAGCCAGCAGAAGAAGGUGUAUCUUUCUGCGGCACCACAGUGUCCUUACCCUGAUGCACAUUUGGAUUCUGCUAUCCAAACCGGUUUAUUUGACUAUGUUUGGGUUCAGUUUUAUAACAACCCUCCGUGCAAUUAUGCUAGUGGAAAUAUUAACAGUCUUGUUAGCGCGUGGAACCAGUGGACCGGAAGUCAGGCUAAGCAAGUGUUCUUGGGGGUGCCGGCUUCUACGGCCGCCGCGGGGAGUGGUUAUAUUCCCACGGAUGCGCUCACUUCUCAGGUUCUUCCUGCUAUCGAGAACAAUGCCAAGUACGGUGGUGUCAUGAUUUGGGACAGAUUCAACGAUGUUCAGAACAAAUACAGUGAUGCCAUUAAGGGAAGUGUUUAAUUAAUUAUUAGCAAGUAGCAGCAUUCAGUAGGUUUUGUUCCUAUUGAGUGCUACUUUAACACUUUCAUAAUAUAUAUAAUAAUAAUAAAAAGUAAUAAUGGAUGAUCCAGAGUAAUACGAUCCAGGAAUUUCUUGACAAUUUUUGUU